UAGUAGUUGCCUGGUAGUUGCCUGCUACAGCCAGUACGGAGCUGACAAGAAGCUGAGCGGUUAGGAGUGUCGAGUGAAAAUAAAGGGUCAGCGAGUAAAGAUAAAUACGUAGUUGAGGAUUUUUUUUUAUACAAUAUUCGUCGAAGGUUAUCCUAUAUUUAAUUCGCCGAAAAAUGCCACGAGGAAAGUUCGUUAAUCACAAGGGCAGAAAUCGCCGCUUCACGAAUCCUGAAGAGUUAGAGGAGCAGCGAAGGCAGGAAGAAAAACAACGACAGUGGAGGCAAACCAGAGGAGACGCAAGUUCUAGCGAGGAGGAGGAGCAGGAACAAUCCAAAGCAGCUGGUGGUGACAAGCUGAAGAAAGUCGAUGAGUCUGAAUCAGAAAGCGACAGUGAGUCAGAGUCAGACUCGGACCCAGAUGGGAAAGCAAAAGGGGUAGAAAAUCUAAUUCAAGUAGAAAAUCCGAAUAGGGUGCAAAAAAAAGUGAAGAAAUUAUCCCAGCUGAAUGAGACGCUAGCAAAAUCAUCCAAGCCCGAACUCUCACGAAGAGAAAGGGAAGAACUGGAGAAACAAAGAGCAAAGGCACACUACCAGAAACUCCAUGCUGAGGGUAAAACGGAUGAAGCACGUGCGGAUCUGGCUCGACUAGCAAUAAUUAAGCAGCAGCGAGCAGAGGCUGCUAAACAGCGGGAGGAUGAAAAGAAACAAAAAGAAUUGGCGCAACAAAAGAAGACGGAAUUAACGCAGAAGGCUUUGGGAAAACGUUCCUAGUGCAAUUAAUAAUCGUUUUAUAAUAAAAAGAAUUAUGACGAAUAUUACUAUUACUAUAUUAUAAUCAUAAUACUAAAAGACUCACUCUUCUCUUUACUCACGUUAUUACGUCGCAAUUUAUUGAAGCAACCAAACAAAAAUCACUAAGCGGUCUAUUACGUUUGUUUCAUGGAUUUGUAUUUAUUUGUAUGAAUACAGUUUACUAAACUAA